UGCAAUUACAUCUGGAGUCAUAAUAAAAGAAAUCUUUAAAUUUAAAAACAAGCCAACCAACCAACCAACCAACCAACCAACCAAACAGCCAACCAACCAACAAGCCAACCAACCAACAAGCCAACUUAACAGCCAACCAACCAACCAAACAGCCAACCAAUCAACCAACCCGCCGACCAACCAACUGCGCGUUUUUGAAUGAUAUGCAAAAAUAUAGCUGUUAAAUAAAAAAAACUAAAAUUCAAGAAACCAACCAACCAAACAGCCAACUUAACAGCCAACCAACCAACCAAACAGCCAACCAAACAGCCAACCAACCAACCAACUAACCAAACAGCCAACCAACCAACCAAACAGCCAACCAACCAAACAGCCAACCAACCAACCAACCA